UAGGCCUGGCGCUGCGGUAGAGGCGGCGGCAGCGGCGGCAGAGCGGGACGCGGGCGGUGGGAGCGGAGGGACCGGCAUGGACGUUUCGGGGCAGGAGACCGACUGGCGGAGCGCCGCCUUCCGGCAGAAGUUGGUCAGUCAAAUUGAGGAUGCCAUGAGAAAAGCUGGUGUGGCCCACAGUAAAUCCAGCAAGGAUAUGGAGAGCCAUGUGUUCCUGAAGGCCAAGACCCGGGACGAAUACCUUUCUCUCGUGGCCAGGCUUAUUAUCCAUUUUCGAGACAUUCAUAACAAAAAAUCUCAAGCUUCCGUCAGUGACCCUAUGAAUGCACUACAGAGCCUGACUGGUGGGCCUGCUGCGGGAGCAGCUGGAAUCGGCAUGCCUUCUCGGGGCCCAGGACAAUCCCUGGGCGGGAUGGGUGGCCUUGGCACCAUGGGGCAGCCGAUGCCCCUCUCAGGGCAGCCGCCCCCUGGCACCUCGGGGAUGGCCCCCCACGGCAUGGCUGUUGUGUCUACAGCAGCUCCACAGACCCAGCUGCAGCUCCAGCAGGUGGCGCUGCAGCAGCAGCAGCAGCAGUUCCAGCAGCAGCAGGUGGCGCUGCAGCAGCAGCAGCAACAGCAGCAGCAGCAGCAACAGCAACAGCAACAGCAGCAGUUCCAGGCCCAGCAGAAUGCCAUGCAGCAGCAGUUCCAGGCGGUGGUACAGCAGCAGCAGCAGCAGCUCCAGCAGCAGCAGCAGCAACACCUGAUUAAACUGCAUCAUCAAAACCAGCAGCAGAUACAGCAGCAGCAGCAGCUACAGCGGAUGGCACAGCUGCAGCUGCAGCAGCAGCAACAGCAGCAGCAGCAGCAAGCUUUGCAGGCCCAGCCGCCACUACAGCAGCCACCGAUGCAGCAGCCCCAGCCUCCCCCUUCCCAGACCCUGCCCCAGCAGCUGCAGCCGAUGCACCACCCACAGCACCACCAGCCGCCACAGCCCCAGCAGCCACCAGUUGCUCAGAACCAGCCAUCGCAGCUCCAGGCGCAGUCACAGACCCAGCCUUUGGUGUCACAGGCUCCGGCCCUCCCUGGACAGAUGCUGUAUGCCCAGCCACAGCUGAAACUUGUCCGCGCUCCAAUGGUGGUGCAGCAGCCGCAGGUGCAACAGGUGCAGCAGGUGCAGCCCCAGGUGCAGCAGCAGACAGCGGUGCCAACAGCUCAGGCUUCCCAGAUAGUGGGUUCCGGAGUGCAGGUCAGCCAGAACAGCCUCACCAUGCUGUCCUCACCAUCGCCGGGCCAGCAGGUGCAGACCCCGCAGUCGAUGCCCCCUCCCCCCCAGCCGUCCCCGCAGCCUGGCCAGCCCAGCUCGCAGCCCAACUCCAACGUCAGCUCCGGCCCUGCCCCUUCCCCCAGUAGCUUCCUGCCCAGCCCCUCACCGCAGCCCUCCCAGAGUCCAGUGACGGCACGCACCCCGCAGAACUUCAGUGUUCCCUCCCCGGGACCUUUAAACACCCCUGUGAAUCCCAGCUCGGUCAUGAGCCCAGCUGGCUCCAGCCAGGCUGAGGAGCAGCAGUACCUGGACAAGCUGAAGCAGCUGUCCAAGUACAUCGAGCCCCUACGCCGUAUGAUCAACAAGAUCGAUAAGAAUGAAGACAGAAAAAAGGAUCUGAGUAAGAUGAAGAGCCUUCUGGACAUUCUGACAGAUCCCUCUAAGCGGUGCCCCCUGAAAACACUCCAGAAGUGUGAGAUUGCCCUGGAGAAGCUCAAGAAUGACAUGGCAGUGCCCACGCCCCCACCACCCCCGGUGCCGCCAACCAAGCAGCAGUACCUGUGCCAGCCACUCCUGGAUGCCGUCCUGGCCAAUAUCCGCUCACCUGUCUUCAACCAUUCCCUGUACCGUACCUUCGUGCCAGCCAUGACGGCCAUCCACGGCCCACCCAUUACGGCCCCGGUGGUAUGCACUCGGAAGCGUAGGUUUGAAGACGAUGAACGGCAGAGCAUUCCUAACGUGCUCCAGGGGGAGGUGGCCAGAUUAGACCCUAAGUUCUUGGUGAACUUGGACCCAUCUCACUGCAGUAACAACGGCACCGUCCACCUGAUAUGCAAGUUGGAUGACAAGGAUCUCCCAAGCGUGCCGCCGCUGGAGCUCAGUGUGCCUGCCGACUACCCCGCCCAGAGCCCACUGUGGAUUGACAGGCAGUGGCAGUACGACGCCAACCCCUUCCUGCAGUCAGUGCACCGGUGCAUGACCUCGAGGCUGCUGCAGCUCCCGGACAAGCACUCGGUCACAGCCCUGCUCAACACCUGGGCGCAGAGCAUCCACCAGGCCUGCCUCUCCGCCGCCUAGCCACCCACCCACUGGGGACCACGGGGAUAGCCGGCAGCCUUGUCAGGGCCACAGCGGACAUGCACCUCACGUUGGACGUUUCUAGGUGUUGGCUCCCUUAGAGAACCUGGGCUUAGAUUAGCUUUCCUGCUUUUAUCUUCUGCCUUGGGGACCUGCCAAACAUUUUCCCAUACUUGUACGUGACUCGGGCAGGUGGCCGUGGAGCUGGCUGCUUCGUGGUGGGGUUGGGACUCCCCCCACCUCCACUCCCCCCCGGGAGUCGGACAUGCCUCAGCCCUGUGUGCUCCUCCUUGGGCUGCUGUCCCCUUGGCUUCUCCAGGGCCCAUGUCCUUCCUCAGCAGCCUGGGGGAGAACUCCAGGUCUCGUUAGAGCCUCUUGUGUGUGUGCCAGAAAACUUUUUGUUUCUGUAGGGGAACAUGGAGAGCAUAGGAAACCCUGAAAACACACACAGAAUUCUCUGGUCACGGUUUUGGGUUCAGACCCUUCCACCAUUGCCGUGGGGGGCACGCCACUGGGAAGCUCCUGGAUCCAAGGGCCGCUGGCUGCGCCUCAGAAGGAAAGUCGGCCAGCAGGCAGUUGCGAAUCCCCUGCCAUCACCUGGGACUCAUACCUCAUGGCAUUCUCCCUUUAAGCCGUGGGGGUCUGCUCAGCACUGUGGGGGUGCCUAGGGAGCAGGGACACCUGAGUGGAUCCUGUACCUGGCACCGUGCCCACUCACUGGGCACUUGGGCCUGUUCUUGGGUCAGGGCAGCAUCCUCAGGACCUGGCGUCAUCAGAGCUGCUCCAGAGAGUGAAAGCUCCCUGACAGGGCAUCAGCCCUCUGGCCAUGAGAAGCUUCCCCUUUUGUAUGUGCACUACCGUGUCAUCUGUGGUUCUUAUAAUAAAUUUAUUAUUCCUGUGUU